UGUCAGAAGAGGAAGUUUCAGAGGUUUGCCCAUUUUGCCGUGGCAAUUGCAACUGCAACUUGUGUAUACACUCAAGUGGCAUGUUAAAGAUAUCUAAAAAAGAUCUCACUGAUCGUGAUAAGAUUCAGCAUCUGCACUAUUUUAUUAGUGAACUUCUUCCAUUCCUAAAGCAUAUUCAUCAAGAACAAAUUGAAGAAAUAGAGGUGGAGUCUAAAAUUCAAGGUGUACUAUCAUCUUCAAUUGAUAUAAAACAUGCGAUUUGUUAUAAUGAUGAGCGUGUCUAUUGCAACCAUUGUUCAACAUCAAUCAUUGAUCUUCAUCGGAGUUGCCCAAAUUGCUCCUACGAGCUAUGUCUUAGAUGUUGCCAGGAGAUUCGUAAAGGUAAGCUUCCUGGAGUUUUUAAUAAGCCGAUUUUCCGAUAUGUGGAUAGGGGCUUUGAGUACAUGCAUGGUGGAGACCCUCUACCAAAAUCUUUUCAGGCAGAAACUUCAGUAAAUGAUUCUGGAAUGCCUAAUGAGUGGGUUGCCAACAAUGAUGGGAGUAUCGUUUGUGCUCCAAGAGAAAUGGAUGGAUGUGGUAGUUGUCAUUUAGAACUCAAGUGUCUCCUUUCGAAAGACUGGAUCUCAAGUUUGGAAGCUCGAGCACAGAAGAUUAUAAGAAAAUUUACUGUUGACAGAGUUUUUCAGCCACUUUGUUGUGAUUGUGACCCUGAAAAAUCACGUAGGGCAGCUUCUAGAGAAUGUUCCAAGGACAACUACUUGUAUUGCCGGGAUUCAAAGAACAUUCUGAAGGAGGAAGAGCUUUUCCACUUUCGCAGGCACUGGGCUAAUGGGGAACCAGUAAUUGUUCAAAAUGUUCUUGAGCAGACUAGUGGUUUGAGUUGGGAACCAAUGGUUAUGUGGCGUGCAUUAGCUGAACAUACAGAUUUACAAAUCAGUUCAAGAAUGUCAGAUGUGAAGGCUAUUGAUUGCCUGGCUGGUUGCGAGGUGGAGAUUAGUACUCGUAAAUUUUUCAAAGGUUACACUGAAGGGAGAAGAUAUCAUAACUCUUGGCCUGAGAUGCUCAAACUCAAGGACUGGCCACCAUCAGAUAAGUUUGAGGAUUUAUUACCCCGCCACUGUGAUGAGUUUAUCAGUGCACUACCAUUUCAAGAAUACACGGAUCCAAGGGCUGGUAUUCUUAAUCUUGCUGCCAAGUUGCCAGCAAGUGUCAUAAAACCUGACCUGGGUCCAAAGACAUAUAUUGCAUAUGGGAUUGUAGAGGAACUUGGAAGAGGGGAUUCUGUGACCAAGCUUCAUUGUGACAUGUCAGAUGCGGUGAACAUUUUGACUCAUACCGCCGACGUAGCUUUGAGCAAUGAGCAGCUCCACUCAAUCAAAAUGUUGAAAAAGAAGCAUAGAGAUCAAGAUGAAAGAGAAAGCCGGAAUCAAGAGAAAAAUGAAAACACCUCCAAAUUCAGCAGUGACAUCAAUGUGCCAGAAUUUGAAUGUCGGGAUAAUAAAAUGAGAACUGGAAAUGCAGUUUGUGAGAUGGGGACGUUAAAUCGUAUUGCCAAUACAGGAAAGAAACAAUCUGAAGGCCAUUUGGAGCAAAUUGGUGGUGGUGCUCUCUGGGACAUAUUUCGCAGGGAAGAUGUUACAAAACUGAAAGAGUAUCUUACUAAGCAUUCAAAGGAAUUUAGGCACACGUAUUGUUGUCCAGUUGAUCAGGUUAUCCACCCAAUUCAUGACCAGACAUUCUACUUGACUUCGGAACAUAAAAAGAGACUCAAGGAAGAAUUUGGCGUAGAACCUUGGACGUUUGAACAGAAACUUGGAGAGGCAGUUUUUAUUCCUGCAGGAUGUCCACAUCAAGUUCGAAAUCUCAAGUCAUGCACUAAAGUUGCUGUAGACUUCGUUUCUCCUGAAAAUAUACAUGAGUGCCUUCGACUAACUGAAGAGUUCAGGAUGCUACCGAAGAACCACAGGGCUAGAGAAGACAAGCUAGAGGUCAAGAAAAUGAUCCUUCAUGCAGUCAACAAUGCUGUGAGUGAUCUUGAAAAGCUAACAACUCUUGAAAACGAUGUGCUCUGGAAUGUGGAACACCAACAAUGAGUUAUUCUUGGUUGACAUAUACAACUUUGCCCCUGCAAUUAACCAUAUUUGAUGUUGCUAUCCUUGGAUUUUGUGGUAAUUGUUCAGCUCAGGGAUAAAUUUUGUACUUGUUUUUUCCCUGGAUUGUUAUACAAAUAAUUGUAGGAAUUUCAGUAACAAUACAAAACCUUAUAUUGUGUUACAGCCUGAAGAAUAGGCUGUAAAUCAGAUUAGAAUAACAACAGUUUCAAAUGAAAGAAAAUUUUCAAUUUCUG